GCUCCGUGAAAUUUUAGCACAAAUAUUACGGUUUUCUAUUGAUAAAACACUGAAACUUGGUGUUCCUAUAAAGAACUUUGUACAAACAAUUGUACUGUGUAGAUAUGUCAGAGUAUUUAAGUGGUAUUGAGUCAGACGACGAGGGAAUUCGUGUUGGUACUCCGACCUUGUCAGAGAUCAGGGAACAUUUUGCCAAUUAUCAAUACUAUACGGCCGAAUCCAGUGCCUCGGAUUCGAGUGGGGAACUCUCUGAAAGUUUCACUGAGCUUUUGGAGAAGCGAAAGAAGGAACUGAUUGAGGACGGAAUGAUGCAGAAGUGCAAAUAUUUAACUCAGAGAGUCCAGAAGACGCCGGUCGCACUGGAUAAAUCUCCAGAAUCUCAGGUAGAUGAGACAUUUGCGACGGCCAAGGCUAAGAGUGCCUGGACGACUGUGACGGAGGAUGAUAGCUUCUUGGCCGCUGAGAAGAUGUGCGAGCAAACGCUGGACUACAAUCGAUAUAUGUGUGCAAAUCGGGCUUCUAGCCAAGUACUUCCGCACAUGAGUUACGUGGAUGAGACCAUUCUCAACGACGUGGAGCCUCCGUCGAUGCUCUGCGAGCAGACAAUGAUUAAGGGGACCAUGGAGGCCAUAAGAAAUCGUCCGUCGACGAUCGCGGAGGAGAACACAAUCGUUUCCAGCGAUUGUAGCUUCUAUACAGCAGAUCUGGCGCGAACGCUUCCGAGGAUUUCAAGUGGCAAUGAAGAGACAGAGACAUCAGCUUCGAGUGAGGAAGCAACUGGAAACGAAGUCACUGCGAAUGACGUAAUCGAAUUGUCUGAUGAGAGUGCACCGGAUGAUCAAGAGAAGGAUGAAGAAGAACAAUCCGAAGCGAUUACUGAAGAUUCAGUGGCAGAUGAUGUGUCCUCUUUGGCCCCAUCAACGGACACGCAAUCGUCGAAGGCGGAACAAUCAGCUCUAAGUCUCAAUCUUUCUCAAGACUUCAACGACACUCUUGAGCGAGUUGAGUAUUUGAUGAAGAAGAGCGAGAAAGUGCUUCCGAUGAAGAUGCCUUUGUAUUUAAAUACGCCCUCAUCGAGUAGCUCUUCUGGAGCUGUGCCCAAGAAGUUGACUCCUGUGCUGGAUUUUAAGAAGCCAACACCAAAACAACCUACGAAGAUUCCUCAAAUAAGGAACAAAAAUUGGGAUCACAUCAAGAGCCCCAUUAGUGCGUACAUUCACAAGACUCCCGUCAUGCCACUCAUUGCUUCGACUAAAGGGUUGUGUGAGAAGAUUGAGGAUGGGGCAAGGUCUCCUCGAAGCCGCUAUUUGGAGUCGAAGAUCAAGGAGAAGGAAAAUGUGUCAUCUGACAUGAACACUCCACCCAAGGACAGGGUUUUCCCGAAGAAGGCAUGUGUCUCAGCUCCGUAUGCAGUUCAGCACGAUGAGAGAGUGAUGCCCAAAAUUCCCGGUGGCCCGAAGAUGCAGAAAUUGCUUGGCAACGAUUUGGAUCAGGAGAAAACCCCUGCUCUCACUAAACGUAUGGCGAGAUACAAAACUCAACGACUUCCGCCAGCUCUGGUGGAGGCAGAGAGACGAAAGUUGUCACUAACGGAGGACAGCAUUGGCAAUCUCUCCGUCAUCUCUGGCGAUGUGUCCGUCCAUGUGAUGAAGAACGCGAUGCACUUUUAA